GUCGGAACUGCAGAACGAAAAGCGCGAGUUACGUAAAGUUGAAAAUAAAAAAAAAAAAAAAAAAAAAAAGAAAGAAAGAAAAAAAAAAUAAAAAUUACGAGACAUUUGAAAAGCCCGCUAAAGGAAGAAGAUAAAGUAUAGUGAGAGUGAAAUAGAAAGAGAGAAGAGAGAGAGGAGAGGAGAGAAGAGAGAAAGAGAGAGGGAGAGAGAGAAAGAUAGGAGAGCAAAAACCACCGGCUACCACCUUGUACGUCAACAUCAAAAUGAGGAGAACAUCGUACGAUAAAUCCAAUAACGCCAAGCGCAACGUUCUAACGACCAAUACAUCCUACGGGAAAACGUUUGGCAACUUGAAGAAUGUGAAUCAGAAGUAUAGUAGUUUUCAGAGUUACGAGAGUUUGCAAGAAAAGAAUUAUUUACAAAGGAGUAUUUCUGCGGACAAUGUGAUACGAUCACGUGGUUACAAACCUUCAGACAGGCACGACCCCGUCAAAAGAAGCUUUCUUGAGAAUCUUACUUCGAAAAUACUCCAUUUCGAUAUGGAGAGCGGCGAAAGAACUCCAAUCAAUCUUCAAAAACUGCUUACACCGGCCUCAGAUUCGCAUGAACCACUGCAAGCAAAAAAUAAAAAAAUGUUUGCCUCUUCAUAUUUUUACGCACCCACACAUCCUACUGUGGAGGAUCAAGUCGAGUUGGCACGUCGUAUUUCUUUAUCUCUGAGUGAUGUUAAGAAUAUGAAGAGCAAAGGGCAAUCGAUGUAUGUAAAUCGAAAGAAACGAUCUGUCAAAUGGAUCCAUGAUGGUAAUGGUACUGAAGGCGAAGAGGAACCAUCUUCUCCUAUGCAUAAGGAUAAAGUACCUCUGAAGUGUGUAAUGAAUCCACAUGGGAAAGUUUUGGAUAUUCAUGGGAUUCAGGCUCUGGGUGAAGAAGUCAAUAUCGAGCCUAUGCCCUCGCAUCCUGAAAAACUCUUCGAUAUUGUUCGUGAUCUUAAUAAUCAAAGAGGACGUGGUGCUGAAAUAUUUGCAAAGCGUCGAAAAAGAUCCGAGAAAUGGAUCGUUGAUCAGGAUCAAGCUCAAAUACCGAGUACACCUGGUAUACCAAAGACACCUGGUUAUUCCUAUCAAUCGGAAAUGAACGGUAACAACAAGUUUUCAACGUUGCAAUCACCUUAUGCACAAACGGACAAAUCAUUUUAUAAUCCAUUCGCAGUGGAUCUUUCUUUAGAUAACAUCAAUCCACCAAUGACGGGCAGGUAUCAUCAUCACCAUCGUCAUCAUCAUCGAUCCUGUCAAUUAACUAACGAUUGCAAUCAUUCAACGCAAAUAAAAAAAAUUUAUUUGAGAGAAGUGGCCGUCGGCACCGACACCGACUUUCCUAUAGAAAAAACCGAAUUAAAUAACGACGCACGUCGUAGCAACGGCUUCAAUGGCGUCAGAUCAAACAACGCUAACGUUGAAAGGCGCUCUAACAAAUUGCUCAAUGGCAAGACUAACGCUAACAAUAUGCAAAUCGCUACUAACAAAGAGACUAAGACUAACAGCAACAGAGAGAUCAAGCAACGUCUCAGCAAUAACUUUUCCCAGGAUGUUCUUCUUAAUGAUAGAAACAAAUUUAGAAAUAAACAACAAGCUGUUAAACGUGAGGAUGAUGUUGCAAGAUUCUCUGACAGCGAUGCUAGCGAGUAUACACCGGUUCCUGUUAAACAACUGAUCCAAGAAUUUGAGAAGACUUGUAGACCAGUUUUACAAUAUAAACAAAUCAGUCCAAAAGUUAUUCCUAUUGUCCAACAAUGUCCUAUUGACACCGAUAUAACACGUUUCUUUCAAACUAGAACUUCUGUUAAAUAUGAAGAGGAAGUACCAGAAGAUGACGAGGAAGAAGACGAUGAGGAAGAAGAAGAGGAAGAAUAUAUACGCAGAAGAUCGAAUCGUGAGACUCGACAGGAUAAGCAAGUUAAUAAGCCACAGCCUAGAAUCGAAAAUGGAUAUAUGUCGACUGAUGAUACUGAGUACACGUCCGAUUCGGAUUCUUUAAGAACUUAUGACUUCAAAGAUUACAAGGAUUACAAAAAUGAGACGUCGAUGUAUCGUUACGAAAAGACUUCUUCAAAUCGGAAUGUCAAUGAAAAUGGAGAUUAUCCAGGUUUAUUUAACGAUGAAUAUUCUCAACGACGAAGAUCAGCGACGUCUCAAGAAUUAGAAUCAUACUGUAAUGGAAAUGUUAAAUUUGUUAACGAGGAUUCUGAGUUACCAGCACAAGCGAAAUCCUUGUUACUUUCAAUGGUUGCUUCACAGGAUGACAUACUACAAACUAUAAAACACCUUCGCAAUACACCAGUUCUGGAUAAUCUUUUACCUGGUGUUUCACCAGAACUCAAAUUUACUGAUUCUUAUCCGGAAGUAGGAACGAAAUUAUACGAGGAUAAUACAUACAAAGGACCAAAACUGGCCAGUAUUCAUAAUUUAACUAAUUAUAAUACUGCACCACGUGGUUGGGAUCAGUCAUUAACUUAUUAUCGACCAAUCAAAUUUGAAAAGUCACAGGACACGAUUGUUUAUUCCGAUUUUUAGAUAUUUAUACAAUGUCUGCUACUUUUUCCUCCGACAGCCGAGUGAUAUAACUAUCAUGUAUACAAAGCGAUCAUAGGAAACCAUUCUGUGGAAAUAUCGAGAAUGAAGGAAAGAAAA